GCCCCGAAAAGUAGUUGGGAAGGAGUGGAAGCUACCGUUCAAGAGGCCUUGAGAGACACUCAAAGUGUUGUCUGCAGAGAAGAGACGGAGCCAUCAUCGCUACCGUCAACGCUAUCGUGAAGCGGGCAGAAGCGAGCAGAGGCGGGCAUGGAGUUCCAGGUGAAGCAGGCAUCAGGGUCACCGUCUUCUUCCUCCUCCGUUGACCCAAAUGCAAACUCCAACCCCAACGACCAAGACCCCAUGCACUCAUGGUGGGAGUCCAUCUCCAAAGCCCGCUCUCGCAUCCACGCUCUCUCCACCAUCCUCCCUUCUCCAUCCCUCUCCCUCUCCCUCUCCUCCCUCGCUGACUCUGACCGCCCCGCCCGCUCCCUCCUCCAAUCCCCUGACGCUUACGAUGCCCUUUCCUCCUCCCUCUCCUGCCCCCGCUCUGGCUCCGGCUCCGAUCCCCUCUGCCAGUGGCUCUACGAAACCUUCCAAUCCUCCGACCCCGAUCUCCGCCUCGUUGUCCUCUCUUUUGUUCCCCUCCUCUCCGGCAUCUACCUCUCCCGCGUUGCCACCGCCGAUUCCCUCGCCGGGUUUGAGGCGGUGCUGCUCGCUUUCUACGCUUCCGAAUUGAAGGCUCGCGCUGGGAAGCCAGUGUCGAUCUCGAUUCCUGAUCUUUCUCAGCCCUCGCUAUAUCACACGCCUCGGAGUAAGCCGACUUCUGUGGCUCCGGCACGGCAGUCCGUGGGGUUGGUAUCUCCGCCGCUGGAGCCGCAGAUCGAGGUCAAGUCGACGAAGCGGGCCUGCAUCGUGGGAGUGGCGCUGGAUUGUUACUACAAGCAGAUCUCGCAGAUGCCGAGCUGGUCGAAGCUUGAUCUGUGCCAGUUCGCGGCAGCGUGGGCCGGGCAGAAUUGCCCUUGCAAGACUGAGUUUGAUGUUAAUGAAAAUGCGGAGAUUGAUGGGUUUUCGGAGGUUAGGGUUUUGGAUGAGGGAGAUGAGAUAGAAAGGUGUGUGGAGGAGGUGGGGAAAUUGGGAAUUGUGGAGAAUUGUUCCAAUUCAGGUUUCAAGGGAGUGAGAAUUCCGCUGCCUUGGGAGCUUUUGCAGCCCACAUUGCGAAUUAUCGGUCACUGUCUGUUAGCUCCUCUGAAUUCUCAAGAUGUCAAGGACGCCGCAUCAGUGGCAGUGAGGUGUUUGUAUGCCAGGGCUUCCCACGAUUUGGUGCCGCAGGCAAUCUUGGCCACACGCAGCCUUAUUCAGCUCGACAAGAGAGCACGAGAGGCUGCCAAGGCAGCAGCUGCAGCAAAUGCAGCUUCAAACUCUAAUACACCUAGCAAGGCUAAGAAACCUGAAGUUCUUUUGGUUUCGAAAUGAUGCGAUUUUGGUUGAAGGUAAUGCGAGUUGUAUAGUUGGAUCUGCUGGGCAGUUCAUAGCUUUUUGUGUAGUUUGUUUGCUAUAUAUGAAAAUCAGGUUUUUAUAGUUAUAUUUUGAUAUAUCAAGGUAGCAGAUAUUUCUUCUAAAUGUUUGUCUAUGAUUCAUUUUAUGUGCAUUUGCUGUGUUUGUGUAAAACUCUGCAUCUUCCUUAGAUUUUAUUGCAUAAGCCGCUGUUCUUGGUGAUGUAUCCCUUGUAGAGUGCUGAGUGAAUUUAAUUCUGUUUUUCAUCGUAUUUAUUCUGAUUGUGAAGUGGAGAGGACCUAUUGGUUUUGGGUGUUGA